AUGGAGGCGGCUGUGAACAAAGGAUACUUGAACGCUGCUCAACAGUUUUCUCAAUCUUACGUUUCCUUGAGUCAGCUAUGUUCAUGCAUGAAUUGUCGCUCAAAUGUGGACGGCGAGAGAGGGUACACCGCCUUCUGCUUGCUCACAUUGAUACCAACUAUUUGUACCCUUGUCAGAGCUAUGUCGACUAUCUGCAUGCAACAAGAUCUUAAAGUACAACCAACACGCUCCGGUUUAGAGAGCAUAUACUGGAACCAGAGAGAUGCAAUUGGUGAUCCAGGAGACUCAUACUACGACCCGGUUGUUGACGGCUUACUGAGACCUUGGCCUAAGCAUACCCUGUCGUUCGCCCAAAUGCUUUUCGCGGGACGACAAUAUGAUAGGGGUUCGGGCAGUGGUAAUGUUGUUGCAGCUUCGCACAGUGGACUUUGUUUCUGUCUUCAUACUUUGACGGAGAUCACAUCCGAUCCUCAGAGAGCUUGUGUCGUGACAGUUGUACCUGGUAGGAUCGAGUGGAACGGCUUCAUGUACGACAUGAUACGUGACCAGGGAGAAUGGAAAAUGAGUACACCUCGGCAGGGUGGCUACAAUGCAGUCUCCAUGACGACUGUAACGAAAUAUGACGACUUAGCCGAUAGUUCAACUUCUGGCCUCGUCGCCGAACUCAUUAUUGAUGAGAUAUUUCCGGAAAGUACUAGUCUUUCUGCCUUCUACAGAGUUUUAACUGCAGCAUUCCCCGGUCGACAUUUCUCAUUAGGGGCCGCAGAAAUUUGGGCUCAACUUCGCGUUCACAGCUGCAAGUUGUGA